UGAAUUUUAGCCGGUUUCUGUUCAAUUGCGUUGUCGAUUCCAUUAACCGGUGAACGUCGUCUGAUAAAAAUAUGGGAGGAAAAUGGUCCAGCAUGGAUCCUUCGCAAGUCGAGGUUCCAGAGAUAAAUGUUCUUCUGGAAAGAGAUCCUUAUUUAAGGAUGUAUGAAACUGAUAUUCGCCGAAGGUAUGCCUUAUUUAAGGAUUAUGUUGAAAAAAUAGAGGCAGGAGACGGAGACUUGAAGCAAUUUACAACUGCGUACAAAAACUUUGGUAUUCAUGUUCAAGAUGACAAUAGUGUCGUUGCAAAAGAAUGGGCACCUGGUGCACAGGAAGUAUUUCUGACUGGAGAUUUCAAUAAUUGGAAUAAAACUGCUACACCGUACAAAAAAUUAGAAUAUGGAAAAUGGGAGUUGAAUUUACCUCCGAAUGCAGAUGGUAGUUGUCCUUUAAAGCAUCUAUCUGAAGUAAAACUUAUCAUAAAAAAUCAUAAUAAUGAAUUGCUUGAAAGACUGAGCCCUUGGGCAAAUUAUGUAGUACAGCCACCGAAAACAGAAGGAACUACUUUUAAACAACGUAUAUGGCAUCCAGAAAAUGUAUACAAGUUUAAGCAUCCUAAACCAAAAAAACCAGAAAGUUUGAGAAUUUAUGAAUGUCAUGUUGGAAUUGCUACUCAGGAAGGGCGGGUCGGCACAUACUUGGAGUUUGCCAAAAAUGUGAUUCCACGGAUUGAAAGGCAAAAAUAUAAUGCAAUACAACUAAUGGCAAUAAUGGAGCAUGCAUAUUAUGCUAGUUUUGGAUAUCAGAUAACUUCCUUUUAUGCUGUUUCAUCUCGUUAUGGAACACCGGAUGAAUUGAAAGAAUUGAUAGAUGUGGCACAUCAACAUGGUCUCUAUGUUUUAUUAGAUGUGGUGCAUUCGCAUGCUUCCAAGAAUACUUUAGAUGGGCUAAACAUGUUUGAUGGUACAGAUGCAUGUUUCUUCCAUUCUGGCUUUCGCGGCGAGCAUUCUUUAUGGGACAGUAGAUUGUUCAACUAUGGGGAAUACGAAGUACUUCGAUUUUUACUGUCCAAUUUACGUUGGUUUAUUGAGGAAUAUGCUUUUGAUGGAUUCAGAUUUGACGGCGUUACAUCGAUGUUGUAUCAUUCAAGAGGUUUAGGACAAGGUUUCAGUGGUCAUUAUGAUGAAUAUUACAAUUUGAAUGUUGAUGUGGAGGGUAUAGUCUACUUAAUGAUCGCUAACCAUAUGUUGCACGAUAUAUUUCCCGAGAUUGUUACGAUAGCCGAAGAUGUUAGUGGAAUGCCAGGCGUUUGCAGGCCAGUCGCCGAAGGUGGAAUAGGAUUCGAUUAUCGGUUAGCCAUGGCUAUUCCUGAUAAGUGGAUCAAACUAUUAAAAGAAACCAAAGAUGAAGAUUGGAAGAUGGGCGAAAUUUGCUGGACAUUGUCUAAUCGAAGAUGGAUGGAGAAGGCGGUCGCUUAUUCCGAGUCUCAUGAUCAGGCUCUCGUGGGUGAUAAGACGAUUGCAUUUUGGCUCAUGGAUAAGGAGAUGUACACGCACAUGAGUACACUUAGUGAUCACAGUGACAUUAUCUCUCGUGGCAUUGCCCUCCAUAAUCUAAUCACGCUGAUAACGCAUGGUUUGGGUGGCGAAGCUUAUCUCAACUUUAUAGGCAACGAAUUUGGCCAUCCCGAAUGGCUGGAUUUUCCAAGGAUUGGAAAUGCAGAAAGUUAUCAUUACGCUAGACGUCAGUGGAAUUUAGCGGACGAUCCUAUACUCAAGUACAAAUAUAUGAAUAAUUGGGAUCGCGCGAUCAAUACGCUAGAAGAGAAAUACGGAUGGCUACAUGCUCAUCCUGGCUAUGUAAGCUGGAAACAUGAAGAUGACAAAGUAAUCGUAUUUGAUCGAGCUGAUUUAACAUUUGUCUUCAAUUUUCAUCCAUCCAAAUCAUUUGCUGAUUAUCCAAUUGGUAUGAAAAAUCCAGGAACGUACAAGAUUGUUUUAUGUAGCGACGAUGAACAAUUUGGAGGACAACGUCGUGUAGAUACAAAUGUACAACAUUUUACACAACCGGAACCGUUUUCUGCAUAUCAACACAAGAUGAUGGUUUACAUUCCGUGCCGUACAGCUAUCGUUUAUGCACAAACUGAUUCAUAAGCCAUUUUAUAGAAAAAUGGAGGGCUUGUCCAAAAAUUAUAGAUAAUAUAAUAGAUUAUACAUAAAUGAAAAGAGAAAGAUCUUAUAUUUUUAUAGAAUACAAAAUUAUAUGAAACUUAUUUACACAAUUAAAUUGGAACUUGCAUAUAAAGAUAUGUUAUAAACCCUGAAAAAAUGCAA